AUGGCUGUAUACGCCUCUCAAUUGGGGGCCAAAGGGCCUUUCUCGAACACCGUUGCUCCUCCUCUGCCUGCACAUGCGCCACCAGCAGGCACAUUCUUACCUGGUACCAAGGUCCAGGUGGGACACCAUCGGGUGGUCAUCGAGCGCUUCCUUUCCGAAGGAGGGUUCGCCCAUGUCUACGUCGUUCACCUGGCCCGGCCUGUCGAUGGGAGCCACAAGGCUGUCCUCAAGCGGGUAGCUGUACCCGACAAGGAUCACCUGGCACAUAUGAGAACCGAAGUUGAGACCAUGAAGAGACUGCGAGGUCACAAACACAUUGUCAAGUAUAUUGAUUCUCAUGCUUCGCAACUAAAGGGUGGCGGCUACGAGGUGUUCCUACUGAUGGAAUUCUGCGAGGGAGGAGGGCUCAUUGACUUCAUGAACACGCGCCUACAGAAUAGGCUGACGGAGCCGGAGAUCUUGCAAAUAUUCACAGAUGUGGCCGAGGGGGUGGCAUGCAUGCAUUAUAUGAAGCCGCCCCUAAUGCACAGAGACUUGAAGGUUGAGAAUGUACUCAUAUCCACGUCCGGUUCAUCCAGGAUAUACAAGUUAUGCGAUUUCGGCUCUGCGGCCCCUGCGAGACCGCCCGCCACGACAGCAGCUGAAGGCCGGUUGAUCGAGGACGAUAUCAACCGCCACACGACAUUGCAAUACCGGAGUCCCGAAAUGAUCGAUGUGUAUAGGAAACAACCGAUCGACGAGAAGGCGGACAUUUGGGCUUUAGGAGUGUUUUUAUACAAGCUGUGUUAUUACACCACUCCGUUCGAGGAAGUCGGCCAGAUGGCCAUUCUAAACGCCAGAUUCAAAUUUCCGGCCUACCCGCGGUUCUCAGAUCAACUCAAGCUGCUGAUCGCGUCUAUGCUCCGUGAACAGCCUUCUGAACGGCCGAAUAUAUAUCAAGUCCUGCAGAAGGCGUGUCAAAUGGAUGGUCGAGAGCUGACGAUCCCGGACAUUUACACCCGCCGUACUCAGUCGGAGAGCGGGAAAGACAAAGCACUUCCCGCUCAUCCGUCAGGCACCCAUGCGAGGCCCGGCGCGACUUUGUCUCCUCCAAAACCACAAGCUCCCCAAAGCACCAUCCCACAGGUCGAACCCAUGCGGCGAGGUCGACCCACAAAGCCUGUAUCGCAUCAUGGCUCAGCCAAACCCAGUCCCUCUCCUCUGCGCAUGGUGGACAGCCCAGAUCCUUUCGCAGCACUGGAUGGAAACAAAGCUGCUCUCGAAGACGAAUUGUCCGCCCGAUUCCCGACCCUUGACCAGUUCUCCUUAUUGACCGACAAAGGUAGCAAAUUCGCCUUUGACCCUCAGACAGAGAAGAGACCAGACGGCGCGCCCCCGGCUUUGGCUCAACGAGUGACGAAUGCCCUGGCAGAUGAGGCAUUUGGCAGAGCCCCCAGUCCUGCAACAGCGAAAUCUCCACCAGAAGAGCCUCCUGUUACUGCCAUGCCACACACCGUGUUGGGGCAUAAAACAUCUGUCGAGAAUACCAACGCUCAGGUGCGAAUCAACAGUGCCACCAGCGCACCACCAGGUCCAGCACCAAGAUCGACGAUGGUGUCCACUGGUACUAUGACCUCCCCUUCUCCUCCACCAGAUACACAAGCACCACCUAUACACCGCUUCCCACCCAGCGAUGUGCCACCGAAAGCUUCAGCUCUCAGCCAACCUCAGGCCAAGCAGGGGCCCGAAGUGAACAGCAAUAGCUCAAGGCUCGCAAGGUUACUUAAAGAGGAUGCCGUCAGAUCUCAGCUUGCUCAUGAUUUGGAGCCGAAACCUUCCACUUCUUCACGGCCUUCUCUCGAAGGAGGUCGCCCUUUGAUUCGGAAUCUGGACACAGGUAUGAGCCGAUCAAGAUCUUUAAAUUUCAGGCAGCGACCGGCGAGUAUCAACAUAGGGAGCAGGUCUGGUCAGUUCAAAGACAGAGAGAUCAAGGGCCUCGAUUACAGAGCCACUUUCACCAGCGCGGAGCCUGAAAUGGAGCCUUUAACUCAUUCGGAGUCGGCGACAAACAUCACAUCCGACGUGGACUAUUUGAAGGCGCGGGAGGAAGAAGAGAAAGACAGAAAACAUCACCACAUACGCUUAGGAAGCGGCACAAGACACCUUAAACGCUCCAGUGUGCCGUCUAUGGGACUUUCAGGGACGACGAAGUUGUUGGCCGGUAGAUUUGGUGAUGCUUUCAAGAAGUUCGAAAACAACGACUCUAGUCAUACGAAAGAAAGACCGGAUUCUCCCUCGCAGGAGCCGAGCAGCGUUUUGACCCCAAUUGCAGGGUCCGAAGCUACAGAUCUGAGCGAUGAUCGACAACCGUGGGAUGAGACGGAAGAUCUGUCUCCGGAAAUGCGCCGGGAGCUGGAAAAGCGGAAGUUAGAGGCGGAAGAGCGAAGGGUCGCCAACGCCGCUGCAGAGUACAGGCAGCGAGUCGCAGCAAGGGGCGGCAGUGGUACCGGCGGUGGAGGUACGGCCAAGGCGGCUUUCAUCCAGGCGAGAGUGCAGUCUCUGCUUGGUGAAAAUGAUAGACCUGCUCAGAAGACGGCAACUGGCUAUGGUCAUUUCACUGACUCCGCCGAGUCGGAUGACAGAAGGGAGGAGCGGAGGUCGACCCAUCUGGCCAGACCUGCGCCACCCCAGGCAUCUGUCAAGCCCGAGGGAUACGGGGUUUCGAAAGCAGUGUCUGCCCCUGUGUCCUCCAUCGACCUUACGAGGUCAGAUACGCGGCCUCCGAGACCCACGGCGCCUCCUAAGCCCAAAACUCUCCGAGGCAGGACUGGUGAUGCUCCGGCUGUGGGAACAAGUGGAGGGACUCUUAGUACGGGUGCUGAGGACGAUUGGGAGGCGAGUUUUAGCAAGAAAUAUCCCAGCCUCGCCGGGCUCGAGAUGGUAGAGACGUCGAUAGAUGGGGCCAAGUCCACGACCACGAUACGGACGAAGGAAGUGUAG